GGCCGCGGUAGGUCGGGAGGCUGGGCUUGCGAGCUCCGGGGCCUCAGGAGGUGCUCAAGAAGCCCGGGCUCAGUGCCAGCGAGGAAGUACAGUUGACUUGUUAACGUGUGGUAUGAAACAAUGAGAAGAUUUUUGUUGCUUUAUGCUACACAGCGUGGACAGGCAAAAGCCAUAGCAGAGGAAAUAAGUAAGAAAGCUGGUGAACAUGGAUUUUUUGCAGAUCUUCACUGUUUGAGUGAAUCUGACAAGUAUGAUUUAAAAACAGAAACAGAUCCACUUGUUGUUGUUAUUUCUACCACUGGCACUGGAGAUCCACCAGAUACAGCAAUCAAGUUUGUUAAGAAAAUUAGAGACAAAACUCUGCCACCUGAUUUCUUCUCUCAUCUACGGUAUGGAUUACUAGGUCUGGGUGAUUCAGAAUAUACCUACUUCUGUAAUGGUGGAAAAAUAGUUGAUAAACGACUUCAAGAACUUGGUGCUCAACAUUUCUAUAAAACUGGGCAUGCAGAUGAUUGUGUAGGUUUAGAACUUGUUGUUGAACCAUGGAUUGAUGGACUUUGGACUGCCCUCAACAAACACUUUGUGUCAAGUAAAGGAAAAGCAGAUAUGACCAGUGAUUUCAGUACUACAUCUAAUAUCUCCUUCCAGACUGAUUUAGUUAAACCAGAAGUAUUACCCAUUGAGUCGCAAAUUGCACUUCUCAAAUUGGAUGAUUCAGGGAAAAAAGUUUCUGAGGCUUCAACACAAAAUAUCACCAAUGUUCUUUCAGGAAGUUUAAUUGAAGAUUCUGAACCCUCACUUACCCAGUCAAUACCACCCCUUUCACAGUCUGCUCUUAAUAUUCCAGCAUUACCCCCAGAAUAUUUAGAUGUCCAGUUUCAGGAGCCUCUUGGCCAGGAGCAAUGCCAAGUGUCUUUUACUCCAAUGGAUACAGUUUUCCAGGUUCCCAUUUCAAAGGCCAUCCGGCUUACUAAGGAGGAUGCCAUAAAAACCACUCUGCUGUUAGAAUUGGACAUUUCAAAUACAACAUUUUCCUACCAGCCUGGAGAUUCCUUCAGUAUCAUUUGUCCUAAUGAUGCUUCAGAAGUACAGGAAUUACUUCAGAGACUACAGCUUUCAGAGAAGAGAGAACACUGUAUUUUAUUGAAAAUUAAAGAGAACAACAAAAAGAAAGGAGCAGCCAUACCACAGCAUGUUCCUGAAAGGGUCUCUCUUCAGUUCCUUCUUACAUGGUGUCUUGAAAUAAGAGCAAUUCCUAAAAAGGCAUUUUUGCGAGCCCUUGUAGAAUAUACCAGUGAUAGUACGGAAAAGCGAAGGUUACAAGAACUUUGCAGCAAACAAGGGGCCUCUGAUUAUAAUCAUUUCAUACGAGACUCUUAUGUCAGCUUGUUAGACUUACUCCAUGCUUUUCCAACUUGCAGGCCACCUCUUAGUCUGCUGCUAGAACAUCUUCCCAAGCUUCGAGCCAGACCAUAUUCUUGUGCAAGCUCCUGUUUAUUUCAUCCAGGGAAACUUCAUUUUGCAUUUAACAUUGUAGAGUUUCUGUCCAGUGUGGAACCUGUGACUUUGCGAAAAGGAAUAUGUACGGGCUGGCUGGCCGUAAUGGUUAACUCAGUACUUCAGGGAAAUGGAAAUGUCUCACAAGGAAAUGAUGUUGAAGCUAGCUUUCCAGAGAUCUCCAUCUUUCCUCAUACCACAAACUCUUUCCGAUUACCCAAUGAUCCUUCAGUACCUAUUAUAAUGAUUGGUCCAGGAACUGGCAUUGCACCUUUUAUUGGUUUCCUACAACAUAGAGAAAAGAUCCAGGAACAGCAUCCAGGUGGAAACUUUGGAACCAUGUGGUUGUUUUUUGGCUGCAGACAUAAGGAUAGAGACUAUUUAUUCAGAGAAGAUCUAGACCAUUUCCUUAAAAAUGGAAUUUUAACUGAGCUGAAAGUCUCCUUCUCAAGAGAUAUUCCUGCGAAAGGGAAAGAUACCUCACCCAAAUAUGUGCAAGAUAAUAUUCGCCUUUAUUCCCAGCAUGUCACAAGAAUCCUUCUCCAAGAAAAGGGUUGUAUCUAUGUGUGUGGAGAUGCAAAAGGAAUGGCAAAAGAUGUGAAUGAUGCUUUAGUGGAAAUCUUAAGCAAGGAGGCUGGGGUUGAAAAGUUGGAAGCAAUGAAAAUGUUGGCUACUUUACGAGAAGAAAAACGAUAUCUACAAGAUAUUUGGUCUUAAGAUAUAUUUUGUCUGUUUGGAAAGACUCUGAGAUCUUUUGAGCCGAAAAUAUUAGAAUGCUUUUUCCCUGUUUUCAUAUUCUGUGCCAAUUAUUUUAGUUUUUAUAUUUCCUGGUGGGACUUUGAUAUGAAAAAUUAACCAUUGCAGGAAGCCCUUGUUUAAGAUCUUGAAUAAUUUACUACUGCCUACUCACUAGUACUUCUAGGGUGUUUUUGCAAGUAUAGUUCAGUGAUUGCAAACUCAGAUAGAAACAAUGGCCACUAAUGCAUACAUAAGGAUCCCUAUGGGCUACAUAUUGACUUAGUUUUAGAAA